AUGGCUGUCCAUGCAUUACGCUUUUUUGUGCUUAUACUUUUUAUUAGCUUUGUUCAAUGUCGAAUUCUAAGACUCAACUCCUCUGAUGAUUUAAUCUCAGAUGGAAUUGAUCACAAUAAAUCUCCUAUUCUUACUGCAAAUGUUUCUAUUUCCAUCGCAAACACUUGUGAGCACCAAUAUGGUUUCCUACCAUGUGCAGAAAAUGCGGGAGGUUACAUUUUUCAAAUACUGACUUAUCAGGGCAUACUCAUGUUUGGAGAAAAGGAGCUGAGAACCGGAAGCAGGGUGCUAUUUAAUAUUCUUGGCACCAGCAACAUUUUCGGUAUUAUUUAUCGAAUCCUCGUGGGGUUACCAGAAAUAUUGAUUAUGAUCGUAUCUGGAGUUUUCAGUAGAAAAGAGGAUGCUCAAUCUAAGGUUUCACUUGGAGUGGGUAUUUAUGCUGGAAUUACAGUAUUUACCCUUACAUUGCAGUGGGGUGUAUGUGUAAUUUUUGGCAGGAGAAACUUGGCCAAGGAAUCAACGUCUAGUCCUACAGAAGUAGGGCAAACUAGUUCAAAUUGUUUGCAGGCCAAAGAUGUCAUCACUGACUUAAAGGAUACUGGUGUUGUGAUAGACAAAGAGACUCGUCAUGUAGCUGGGAUUAUGCUCUUGUCUUUGAUUCCUUAUAUAAUCAUACAACUAGUCGAUAUCUUCAAAACAUCAUUCGGAGCUCAUGCAGUGAUUUUGAUAUCGCUCGCCAUGUCAUCCACGGCACUAAUAUUAUAUUUCGUUUACCAGGUUAUGAAUCCUUGGAUGCAGGAAAGAAGUUUAGCCUACACAAAGUAUGAGACACUGAGAACAGGAUUUUUGAAGCACAUGCAACAACGUGGAAAUCUCAUUGAUGAACAUGGGAACCUUAACGAUCCUGUCAUCAGAAAUUUAUUUGCUGAAGCGGAUAAAGAUGCCAACAAAAAUAUAACAAAGGGUGAACUGGAAAGGUUGAUGCAUGACUUAAUCAAUACAGGAGAGAUGAACGUUGACAAAAAAUUUGCUGUUUCUGAAGUAAUGAAAGCAUUUGAUAUUAACCACGACGGGUUAAUUAACUAUCAAGAGUUUGCCGACGGUUGCAAAAAAUGGAUUGCGGAAACCAAACAAUCAGCUAAAAUUACCUCUUCAAGCAUUCCCAAGAAGAAAGAAGAUAAUCCCAAGGAUAGAUAUUUGAUAUGGUCGAAAAUUCUAAAAGCUGCUCGAACGCAGUUACUUAAAUCAGAAUCACUUAUCACAGACGAUGGGAACACCAACAUUGAGGAAAUUAAUAAUCUAUUCAAGCAAGUUGAUACAGGCUUUGACAACAAGAUAUCAAAAACUGAACUAGAGCAACUAAUCCGUUCACUCAAUUUCGGAGAAUUUCAGCCAAAUUAUGACGAUGUUGUAAAGGAGCUGUUCGAAGAUUUAGACAAGGAUGGUAACAAUGUGAUUGAUGAACCAGAAUUCAUCAAUGGACUAAUAGACUUUGAGAAUAAAGCCCUCCCUGCUGCAAAGCACUCGGAUGAGAAGGGAAGUUUUGAUGAAAUUCAAAAGAUUGUGAAGGAAAAAGUGGAGCAUGAAGAGUCAUCAGUAUGGGUUUUUAUCAAAUCUGUAUUACAAGUGUUGCUGGGUAUUAUUAUAGUGACCUACCUUGGAGAACCUCUGACAACUAGUAUUCUACAGUUAUCAUAUUCCAUGAAUGUUCCUUCUUUCGCCAUAUCGUUUGUGGUAGUGCCAUUGGCCAUGAAUUGCAGAGCAGCGAUAGCUGCAAUCUCUCCAGCCAGUCACAAGAGUGAAAAGAGUGCUUCUUUGACAUUUUCGGAGAUUUAUGGAGGAAUUGUAAUGAGCAACAUCUCAAAUUUGACAGCACUAUUAGCAAUUGUGUAUGCAAAUGAUUUGACUUGGGAUUAUUCAGCAGAAGUGUUGACAGUUUUGGUGGUUUGUGCCAUAAUAGGGUUUCUUGCAUACUCACGCACCAGUUAUCCUCUGUGGACUUGCUUAUUAGCAUUUUUCCUCUAUCCAUUCUCAUUAGGUUGUCUAUCCAGGAUGAGGAAAUUUGCUGUUAUUUCUCUGUUUCUCCUUCUGGGGAGUCAUUUAGCAUAUAGCCGUUCGAUUAAGCAGACUUCGAAUUUCAAUCCCAUAUCAGACGGUAUUCAUUCGUUUAGCAAUUCAUGGGGUUUAUCAGCAUCAACAGAGACCUGUGAGCCAGUUUAUGGCAUCUUGCCAUGCUCGUCAAAUGUGUGGGGGCUGCUGUUUCUAAUUGUGAUAUAUGAGAUCUUGCUUUCCAUGGGGGAGAGAUAUGUGGCAAACGGGUCGGAGCAGUUUUUCGAGAUUAUUGGGCCGGGUGGUAUUUUCGGAGCCAGUUUGUUUCAGUUUCUUGGAGCAAUCCCACAAAUUAUCAUAGUUCUUGUAUCUGCGCUUUCGGGAACUACUGAAGCGGCUCAACAACAAGCUACAUUAGGAAUGGGAUUGGUUGCAGGAUCCACAGUCAUGCUUUUGACGUUGGUAUGGGGCUUGUGUGUCCUCGUUGGAAGCUAUGAUCUUUCUGAGGCUACUGAUAAUACUGGAAAUCAGAAAACUCUAAAAGGUAUUGGCAUUGUGACUGAUGUUCAAACGUGCUAUACUGCACGAAUAAUGGUGGUAACAUUGGUUCCACUUAUCGUUCUUCAACUCGUAAAAGUUGUCCCCUCUUCAGGGAGACGAGUGAUUAUACUUAUUGCUCUUAUUAUCACAGUGGCUCUCCUAGUUGCUUAUAUGCUCUAUCAGGUUUUCCAGCCAUGGAUUCAGAACAGAAGAUUUGAGCAUUUGAUGUAUAAAUAUGCGAAAGAUAAGAUACUGACGCUCUUGACCAGAAAUGGCAGGCCGGAUACUCGAAAAAUACAAGACUUGUUCGACAAAGUCGACAGGGAUAGAAAUGCAUUAGUAUCAGAAGCAGAACUCCGAGUUUUUUUCUUAGGAUUGAAGUUGAACGAUGAUGAUUUGAGUACAGAGAAAGAUGUGGAGGACAUCAUGGGAUCUUUUGAUAUCACUGGCGAUGCAGGUAUCAACCGGGAUGAAUUUGUUACUGCAAUGACAAAAGUAGUUAAUGACUUAUCCGAAAAGACUCGAGGUCCUGAACUCCGAAAUGCAUCGAGUAGCAACACUAAGAACACCAGUGAAGCACAGCAGAGUCUGUUGGCUAAUAAUACAAGCCCGACUGCAACCCCAAGCACAAGUCUGUCUGCAUCUCCAAGCACUACGGCUAGUAAUGUUUGGGUCACAUUCUUUAGGGCUUCUUUUUUCUUGAUAGUUGGGAUUGGCAUGUUGCUCAUACUUUCAGAACCUCUCAUUACAAGCGUCGUGGCGUUUUCGGAAGCUGUGAAUUUGUCUUCGUUUGCUGUCUCGUAUUUGGCAAUACCACUCGCAAUGAAUUCCAGAGUUGCAGUUUCAUCAAUUAGUUCAGCAAGACAAAUGACUCAGAGAAGCAUUUCAUUAACACUAUCCUCGCUGUAUGGUGCGGUGUACAUGAACAAUGUUAUAGGUCUGAUCGUGUUCCUAGCACCAGUUUAUGUGCGCAAUUUGUCAUCAGAUGUCUCAGCUGAAGUCGUAGUUCUUCUCGUUGUCUGCAUCCUGAUGACCUUAUUUACAAGUUGCUGUACGACAUUUCAUCGUUGGACAAGUUACAUAGUGCUACUUUUAUACCCGAUUUCUCUCGCUUCAGUAUAUGUUCUUACCUCGGUUUUCGGGUGGUCUUAG